CCGAUCUGGUAAACACGAUAAGCUGAUAGAAAAGAGCCACUAACAGAUGGAUAAAGAAAGGGACAGCGGAAGAAGAAGAAGAAGAAGAAGAGGAGAUGCCGACGUCGUCCCUCGCGUUCCGCCGCUUUUUCUGCUGCGCCAUCGGCGGAGCUUCUCCUUCAACCAACAACACCAAGAGGAAUCUAGUAUUCUUGGGCUCUCCAAAAGUCGCCGCAUCAGUGUUGGACGCUCUAUUCAAUGCCUCUGAAGCUCAAGACUCAAUCUUUAAGCUUGCAGCAAUUGUUACACAGCCACCUUCAGGAAGAGAUAGAGGAAGGAAGCUGAUGCCUUCUCCUGUUGCACAUCAUGCCAUACAGAGAGGUUACCCUGAAGAUCUGAUAUUCACACCUGGUAAAGCUGGGGAGGAACCUUUCUUGGCAGACUUGAGGGCUUUAAAUCCAGAACUUUGUAUCACAGCAGCAUAUGGAAAUAUCCUACCUUCGAAGUUCCUUCAGAUUCCAUGUUAUGGCACUGUUAACAUACACCCUAGUUUGUUGCCUCUAUAUCGCGGUGCAGCACCUGUUCAAAGAGCAUUACAGGAUGGUGUGACAGAAACAGGUGUUUCACUUGCAUACACAGUUCGUGCACUGGAUGCUGGGCCAAUUAUUGCUUGUGAAAAGGUGGAACUUGAUGAUUCUAUUAAGGCACCGGAAUUGCUCAAUGUGUUGUUUGGUUUAGGUUCAGAGCUUCUUAUUCGUGAACUUCCAUCUCUUUUUGAUGGAUCUGCCAGAUUGAAAGCUCAACCACAGGAUGACUCUAAGGCUACUUUCGCACCCAAGCUAUCAUCUGAAGAAUCUUGGCUCUCUUUUGACCAAGAAGCCAGAUCAAUUCAUAACAAGGUUCGAGCAUUUGCAGGUUGGCCAGGAACCCGAGCUAGAGUUCAAGUUAUUGAUGACAGUGGUCAUCACAGUCUCUUAGAAAUUAAGAUCAUUACAUCAAGGGUUGGCAGAAAAAUUGAAAAGUUAAGUGAUGGAAAGGAGAUCAUAUUCAUCAGUGGUGCACUUGUUUUCCCAUGUGCUGGAGAAUCUUGGCUUGAGGUCCUUGAGCUUCAGCUCCCAGGUAAGAAGGUGAUGACUGCUCGUGAUUUUUGGAAUGGCUUGAGAGGACAGAAGCUGCAGAAAUUACCAUAACAGGAUUCUUUCAUAUUUUUAGUGAAAACAGAUUUAAGGAGGCGGCAAAGAAGAAGAAGAAUGCGAGCAGGCAGAGGUUAUCGCCCUAUUCAACAAGCCCUGCCCUAUUGAGAUACAGAGCCAAUUAAGGGCAAUGGGAUCGUAAACCCCGAAGAAGACUAGCUCAUCUAAGGUAGAAGUAGACUUUUAUCUUUUAGGUAGUUGGACAUAUAAUAAUGCAUUUAAAUAGUUGGAAAUAUAAUAAUACAUCUUGUAACUCUAAGAUCAGAUUAUGUGGUGUAAUAUUAUUCCAUUUAGCUUUUCUUGCUA